AUGGACACCGACAUUAAGCCCUUGAAGGGCAUUCUCAAGCAAGCGCUCCACGGCCCCGACGGCCCCGCCGAAGCAACAUUUCGAAAAAAAGACCCCAAGGAGCUGGCCCUCCAACACGCGCGCAUCCUGCAGCAGCGCAAGGACCUCGAGGCGCAGAUCCUCGACAGCCUCAUCCUCCUCUCCGAAUACCCCGCGACCCAGGGUCGCCACCCGGCCUCCGACCCCGCGCCGUCCGACGUCGCGGGCUUCAAGACGCACGUGCGACUGUUCCAGCCCGGUGAUUUCGAAGACCUGAUCGAAGAGCGCAAUGCCAACAAGCUGUGCGGGUACACGCUGUGCGCGAAGCCAAAGCCCCAACCCUCGCGGGGCGGGCCAUGGAAGCUCAUGAACGUGGGGUCCAAGGACUUUGGCAUCGUGGACAGGAAAGAGAUGGAAAGGUGGUGCUCGCAAGACUGCAAGAGGAGGGCUCUGUACGUCAAGGUUCAGUUGAGCGAAACAGCGGCGUGGGAGCGAGCGGGCAUCCCUGAUAUCGAGAUUGAACUCAUGGGAGAAGCUCAGUUCACAACAAAGGAUCCCGUCUCGCAGGCUACUGAGGCGGUCGGACACCUAACGUUGAACGACAGGAAACCAACGGAGGACAUGGCCGCGCUGGCUCUCGAGCGUGGGGACAACGGCACGGCGACGGCUCCAGGGACGGUCACUCUCACAAUUCGUGAAAAAGAGGUCGCGCCACCCGUUGAGCCCGAUUCGGACGAAGAAGACAGCGAACACGAGAGAACCGCGCACAUGUUGAUAGAGGGUCACAAGCCGGGCAGGGGUAAGGCAAAAGCCCACGAGGAAGCCAUUGAGGACGCGCAAGAUGCGUAG